GUUCACAGUCAAAACCAUCAAACUGACAGCAGAACAGCUAGUUGUCACUUGCUCUCUACACAAGCCAUAAGCGUGCAGGUAUCCACAGCGGCUGUUGAAACGUCGUUAUUAAAUAAAGUAAAACAAACUGUGUCGAAACUCUACAAGAAAUCUAUUGUUGAUCUGAGAAGCGGUUGUUGAAAGCGUAUUAAACUGUUGGAAUUACAUCUCCUUUAGAAGAGCCACAAAGACUGAUUCUAAAGCUAAAAUGUUCAAGCUGAUCUGUACGUUGCUGUUGGUCCAGGUGGCGGUCUACGCCCGUGUCGUGAAACGCGAGACUGUGGUGGACUUGGGAGAUCAUCUCCUGGAGUGUAAACAAGAACCCAUCGAGUUGGGCAUCGUGCUCGACUCCUCCAGCUCCAUCAGUCAUCCAGACUUCCAAAAGAGCAUCGCGUUUCUCCAGGACUUCUUGAACCAGUACGAGAUCGGAGACGGCCCCAAUGACGUCAGGGUGUCCAUCAUCACAUUCGGCAAAGGUAUCUACAAGCAGGACGCCUUUAACCUGGACACGUACCACAGCAAGGAGGACGUCAUCCAGGCUAUCGGGAAAGUCUCUCACAAGGUUGGUCUCUACACGUCCACGGGAGCAGGCAUCAAGUACAUGAGCGAGACACAGCUGUCUAAGAAUGUGUCCAGACCCUGGGCUGACCGCAUCAGUAUCGUCAUCACAGACGGCAACUCUCAGGUUUGGCGCGAAACCAGAGACGCGGCCCAGGCAGCUCGGGACAGCGGUAUCGUUAUGUUUGCCGUGGGUGUGGGAAACGUCAGAGACGAGGAGCUGCUCAGAAUCGCCGGCAACGAGAGCAGGAAGGUCAAGGUUGACAACUACGACCAGCUGAAAGAGAUCAAGACAAGCCUGGCCCACAAGACCUGUAUCAAGAAGGAAAAGACAACCACGACCACCACAACCACCACCCCGGUGCCUCAGACACAGACGUGUGGUGAGGAGAACCCCGCCGACAUCUACUUCGUCUUCAGCCCCGCCGAGCUCGGCCUUGAGGUCACAUCAUGGACAACUUCCUUCGUCUCUAACGUCGUCAACCAGGACCAGAUGGAGCACGGUUUCCGGUUCGGCGUCGUUUCCGGUUCCUGUCCUGACGACGAAGGAUUUGACUUGGACGACUACACAACUGCUGACGACAUCGAGAAGAGAAUGACCAACUACCUGAUGCCGCGCAUGCCCGCCCUGGUGGACAGACUGUCCCAGUUCGGCUACUCCGAGAUCGCCGGAGGCCGUAGCGAGGCUCGUGACGUCGCUGUUCUCGUGGCCAAUGGCGGGAAGAUGAACAAGGGCCUGGAAGCGGAAGUGAGUCGUCUGCAGCAGAAGGGAGUGCAAGUCUUCAUCGCCGACCCCAGCGCGUCUGGUGUCAAUGUAGAGGGCGCCAUCACUCUCACAGGCCGCAGUGUCAAGGACGUGUCUGCCAACCUCGUGACCCACCUGUGCCCUGUCAGGAACUGACUGGCUUGACAUCCGACUUUAACAUCUUUUCAGUUUUCGUCCAAGAUCCCAGCAGUGACAAAGUAGCCUACAGCACACUUAGUUCAUGUACCGGUACCACUAGUCUCCACAUUGGAAAUAUUCUCAAAUUGUAUCAAUGUUAAAUCAUUUGGAAUACUUCCACCGUCAGGGGAGAAAGUUUUACUGUGAUAAUAUCACUGAUAUACGCUUAUUUACAAAGCAUCAGGAUAAAUGUAUAUAAUAUAUUUAUCCUGUUUCGAUCGGCUCGUGAACUAUACUACGUGUAUACAUGCAUAGCCUACCCAGAAAUAAGAGAUGCAAGACUUGUGUGUGUGUG